UUUGAGAGAAGGGAGAGUAAAGCAAACCGUCCAUAUUACCGCUGCUUUGUCAGCACUUUUCACGGUGAUGGACCCUCCUGGUGGGGGAGACGAACGGCGGAGGCAGGCAGAGCGUCUUCGACGGGAGGAAGCAUACUAUCACUUCAUUAAUGAAUUGAGCGAAGAGGAGUACCGCCUAAUGAGAGACGGCAACCUGCUUGGCACUCCCGGGGAGGUGACUGCUGAGGAGCUCCGGCAGCGUCUUGAUGGAGCAAAAGACCGCAUGUCAUCUCAGCCCCGCACUGAGCAGCGCUCGCAGACUGCUGAUUCCGGAGAACAGCAAGGCAGCAGCGGUGAUGGAGAGGAGAGAGGCGCUGGAGGGAGACGAGGGGCAGGGGGCACAGAGCCCGGAGCAGAAACUUCUAAUGGUGACUCAUUACUGGAGUGGCUGAACACUUUCAGACGCACUGGUAAUGCUACUCGCAGUGGGCAGAGUGGAAACCAGACAUGGCGUGCUGUCAGCCGGACCAACCCUAACAGUGGAGAAUUCCGCUUUAGCCUGGAAAUCAACAUCAACCAUGAUCAGCCAGAGCCAGGGGAGCACAAUGACACUGUGGACCCUGCAGAGCUGCCAGUGACUGCCCCAAACACAUCUUCACCCUCUAUACGCAGCGCUUCCUCUUUCUCCAACCCUCGCCCUUCAACCACAUCAAGGCCGACCCCGUACCCCACCCCCCGCCCCGCCCUCAGUAGGAGGAUGCAGACACGGCGUACACGCAGCAGCACUACCACUCUUUCUAUGAGCCCCCCUGCACUUCCUGCACCAGUGGCUGCUCCAGCUGGUGCUCAGAGGAGAGGUGCCACUUUGCACUCUUUAGCAUCACCUCCCACUGUUCCCAACCCUCCUGUUGAUCAAACUACACCUUCACAGCAGGCCCUGAAUGCAGAAGUAGACCAGAGCAGUGAUGAUAUGUCUGCUUCUAUAGACUGUCCCCGUGUGUCAGCCCAGUCUGUACCUCAGGCCCCGGCAGUGGGACACGAAUCACGUGGCAGUAGGACUCGAUCACGUGGUCGUGCACGCAGGGCUACAGCUGGAAGCGGGAUUUCAUCCCGCUUAUCAAGGCGAAGCCGGUCCCCCUUACACAGAAUACCUGUUGCCACUACCACUACACCAUCAAGCAGUGGCGUCAGUGGCUCUAGCAUUCACACUGUUGAGCCAGGCAGCGGCACAAGCUCCAUUUCCAUGGAAACAGGGGAGGCUGUGGCAGAACCUGCAGCUCUAACAGAGCCGGCUGCAGAGACAGGAGAACGUGAGAGUGAAUCACAUUUAAUAGGAUCAGGAAGUUCAGCGGUGCGACGGCACCCAACCAUCAUGUUGGAUCUGCAGGUGAGAAGGAUUCGACCUGGUGAAAACCGCGACCGGGACAGCAUCGCCAGUAGAACGCGCUCACGUGCCCGCGUUGCUGAGAAUACUGUCACAUUUGAAAGUGAUAGUGGUGGAUUUAGACGCACCAUCUCCCGCUCUGAGCGAGCUGGGAUCCGCACCUAUGUGAGUACUAUUCGGAUUCCACUGCGGCGCAUUAGUGAGACAGGCCUGGGGGAGCCCAACUCCACUGCCCUGCGUUCCAUCUUACGCCAGAUCAUGACCGGAUUUGGAGAACUGAGCUCCCUAAUGGAGACAGAGGCUGACUCUGAAGCUGUCUCACCUAGCCAAACAGAUUCUAGUGGUACAAUUAGUAACACUAGUCCAGCUAGUCGUCUACAUACAAAUGAGAGUGCAGCUGGCCAGGUUGGUACAGGUGUGGUAGAUCAGGAGAGGCUGGGGCUGGUAGGAAGUGAGGAGGACCAGGGUGGACAGGCCAGGCUCGGAGGGGGGGUAGUGAGCACCACAGAGGGACGGGCCACCAGCAGAGACACCAACAACCUGGUAGAAAAUGGUACGCUACCCAUCCUGCGGCUGGCACACUUCUUCUUGCUCAAUGAUGAGGAGGAUGAUGAACACCCUAGGGGCCUGACCAAAGAGCAGAUUGACAAUCUAUCCACACGUACCUAUGGUCAGGCCAGCCUGGAGGGGGAGAUGGGUCGUGCAUGCAGUGUCUGCAUCAAUGAGUAUGCCCAGGGCAACAAGCUGCGUCGCCUACCCUGUUCCCAUGAAUUCCACAUCCACUGCAUUGACCGCUGGCUGUCUGAAAACAACACCUGCCCCAUCUGCAGGCAGCCCAUACUCGCAGUGCAUCAUGACUGACCUAUUUGCUCACAAAACAGCUAUUACGUUCCUGGCUGGCUGAACUGAGCAGACCCAAGUGAGCUUUGCAUGUACAUAGUGCUUUCAUGGCUAAAUUUAUUUGAAAAUAUCCAUUGUGUUGAAGUGAAGAAGGUUGAACCAAAAGUGCGGGAAAAAAAGAAACUAUAAAUGCAGAGAAUUAACAAAACUUUAUUUUUUUAGACUCUUUGUUUUCAGCAACUUGUUUGAUUUUCUUCUUCCUGUGACCUGUUUCACCGGUCUAUGUCACAAAGCUUCAGAGGCCCAUGUCAAUGGAUGGCAUUAAUGCUUAAGGAGCUCCUGUAGCCGCUGCUGACUAGUCUCACUUUAACUCUUUAAUGUCUGAUACAUGUGACAUCUUUGUCACAACUGGACUAAACAAAUCACUUCUAGACUUGAUUUAUUCAGUAUAAGCUGUAAAUAACUCAACACUGCUUGUAUUUAAGGGUUUUGAAGCAAGACGCUCCUCACAUGCUAUCUGUUUAGAAUGGAAGCAGGACACCUUUGGGUUUUUUUGUUUGUUUUUUUUACAUUCACCAUUUUAAAGCUUAAACAUCCAUUUUAAAGUGUCCCUUUUAAAGGUCCAGUGCUUAGGACUUAGUGGCAUCUAGUGGUGAGGUUGCAGAUUGAAACUCAAUCACUGUCACUCUACAGUGGCAGCUAAAAAGCCCUUCCUAGAGCCAAUGUCUGUCCUUUCUGUGUGGUGGUUCAACAUGGUAGGCUACGUGGACGAAGACCUGCUCACUCUGUAGAUAUAAAGUGCUCAUUCUAAGGUAAUGAGAACACAGGUGAUUAUACACUAAUGAAAACAUGAUUCUAAAUAUUAUAUUCCAUUUCUACCAAUAGAAUCCCCUAAAUCCUACACACUGGACCUUUAAAGUUGUUUAAUAAAUGUAUGAUUUAUUGGGAUGUGUAUGAGCUAUGUAUUUAAGUUUGAAAUAAGUUUUAAUCUGUACAUCUAGUAGUAUUUGUUUGUUGGCCCUCUUCAUACACUUGUCCCAUAUAAUUGCAAUACAGAAUGUAUCCGUAAGUCACCCACUAAAAUCAUCCACUUUGAAAUCAUUAUCAUUACCCAUAUGGGCAGCACAAUUUAAAUGAAAUACAGAAGGCAUGUGAUAAUCAGGAAUUCAAAGUUGUAAUUUAGUAUGAGUUGUGCAAUAUGGAGCGAAAAGACAGUAUUGUUUGUUUUGCUGUUCAUUGUUGUUUACAUUGUAAUGCCUGAUUAUCAUCUCCACUUCAAAACAAAGUCUUGUUUACCCUGAAAUCAUUGUUUCCUGUUGGUUCCUGUCGCAAUUUUGGGUCCAUACCUGACGGACACCCUGGCAUCUGUGUCAUGAAGGUGCAUUGAGUAGUUAGCCUGAUAAGUCCGCUGAGCAAAAACCUGGAACAUGGAAUUAGAAAAUUAAAAAUUAAAGUUGUUACAGCUAACUCUGACAUUCUUCUUCAUGAGAUAGGAGCUGGAAAGAUGAUGCUUGGAGUUCUGGCUCUAAAAUUACAAUUUCUGCUAAUGAAAAUAUGUUAAUGAGUAUAUGAGUUCUGGUACCAGUGCAACGCCUGAAUGAGGCAGUGUUAGCAACAUGAUGUUCCUGUACGCUUUUAUGGUUUGUUUUUACAUAACAUCCGCCGAUAUUGUCCGUUUCUAGCGUAGCAUAGGUGGAUUAUUUAGCCACCUAGUCAGUAUGUUGCUACCUGGGUCACUUUGUGCAUCAUCAACAGUACAGGAGCUGCAACAUUUUUGCAGUUAACAUGUCACUAGUAAAACUGCAGGACUGGUUCAGUAUGUCAGAAUGUGUGAGAGUGCGUAUGGUUAAAUUGUGUGUGUGCGCAGAAGGAAAGGUCCCUGCAAACCUGGUUCUCAGAAAGCUUCUGUUCAGCUAGAGUCCACUUUGGGAGACUUAGAGAGGGUUGUGGCCACUCAGUGAAGAAGUAAAUAUUUAUUCUGUUCCUAUUUAAUAAGAUGGAAAUCGACUUUUGAAAUAUGAAUAUGUAUUAUGUUACAAUGUGAUGAGAGUAAAUGAAACAGUUAAAUAUGUUACUAUGUAAUAAAAUGAAGACAUGGGUUUUCUUCUCUGCUCCUUAACAUGGAAUAAAAUGCAGCUUUGUUAUGCC